UACAAGUUAGUCCAAAGUAAUCGAAGGUACUCACUCUUAAUCCAUCCUCUAUCCGUGCAAAGAACAGUCGCAGCUAGCAAGCUUACCUUUAUACACUUCCGUUAAAAUUCUCAGCCUUUGCUUGUGAUUUUGUUUCCGCUUGUUAACCUUGAAAAUGGCACAUCUCCAAAACACAUACGGGGCAGCCCAUAGCACAGAUGCAUACGGCAACGUUAUCCGCAAAGACGAGUACGGCAACGUGAUUCCUACGGACGAGCAUGGCAACCCAAUCCGACACAGCAGCACUACACUCCAAGGUGGGCAGCAGCAGCAGCGUCAUGACCUUUCCACUGAGUACGAUGGGCAAGGCGGGGGAAGGAACAAGGGGCUGAGGGAGAAGAUAACGGAGAACAUACCUGGAGUUGGAAACAAUGACCAUCGAAAUCAUACGUCAUCUGCGACUACAGAUGCAUACGGCAACGUUAUACGCAAAGACGAAUACGGCAACGUGAUUCCUACGGACGAGCAUGGCAACCCAAUCCGAUACAGCGGCACUACACUCCAAGGUGGGCAGCAGCAGCAGCAGCAGCGUCAUGCUGAGUACGAUGGGCAAGGCGGGGGAAGGAACAAGGGGCUGAAGGAGAAGAUAACGGAGAACAUACCUGGAGUUGGAAACAAUGACCAUCGAAAUCAUACAUCAUCUGCGACUACAGAUGCAUACGGCAACGUUAUACGCAAAGACGAAUACGGCAACGUGAUUCCUACGGACGAGCAUGGCAACCCAAUCCGACACAGCGGCACUACACUCCAAGGUGGGCAGCAGCAGCAGCAGCAGCAGCAGCGUCAUGACCUUUCCACUGAGUUCGAUGGGAAAGGCGGGGGAAGGAACAAGGGGCUGAAGGAGAAAUUAACGGAGAACAUACCUGGAGUUGGAAACAAUGACCAUCGAAAUCAUACAUCAUCUGCGACUACAGAUGCAUACGGCAACGUUAUCCGCAAAGACGAAUACGGCAACGUGAUUCCUACGGACGAGCAUGGCAACCCAAUCCGAGACAGCGGCACUACACUCCAAGGUGGGCAGCAGCAGCAGCAGCGUCAUGACCUUUCCACUGAGUUCGAUGGGCAAGACGGGGGGAGGAACAAGGGGCUGAAGGAGAAAUUAACGGAGAACAUACCUGGAGUUGGAAACAAUGACCAUCGAAAUCAUACAUCAUCUGCGACUACAGAUGCAUACGGCAACGUUAUCCGCAAAGACGAAUACGGCAACGUGAUUCCUACGGACGAGCAUGGCAACCCAAUCCGACACAGCGGCACUACACUCCAAGGUCGGCAGCAGCAGCAGCAGCGUCAUGACCUUUCCACUGAGUACGAUGGGCAAGACGGGGGAAGGAACAAGGGGCUGAGGGAGAAGAUAACGGAGAACAUACCUGGAGUUGGAAACAAUGACCAUCGAAAUCAUACAUCAUCUGCGACUACAGAUGCAUACGGCAACGUUAUCCGCAAAGACGAAUACGGCAACGUGAUUCCUACGGACGAGCAUGGCAACCCAAUCCGACACAGCGGCACUACACUCCAAGGUGGGCAGCAGCAGCAGCAGCAGCGUCAUGACCUUUCCACUGAGUACGAUGGGCAAGGCGGGGGAAGAAACAAGGGGCUGAAGGAGAAAUUAACGGAGAACAUACCUGGAGUUGGAAACAAUGACCAUCGAAAUCAUUCAUCUGUGACUACAGAUGCAUACGGCAACGUUAUCCGCAAAGACGAAUAUGGCAACGUGAUUCCUACGGACGAGCAUGGAAACCCAAUCCGACACAGCGGUACUACACUCCAAGGUGGGCAGCAGCAGCAGCAGCAGCGUCAUGACCUUUCCACCGAGUUCGAUGGGCAAGGCGGGGGAAGGAACAAGGGGCUGAAGGAGAAGAUAACGGAGAGAGUUGGAAACAAUGACCAUCGAAAUGAUACAUCAUCUGCGACUACAGAUGCAUACGGCAACGUUAUCCGCAAAGACGAGUACGGCAACGUGAUUCCUACGGACGAGCAUGGAAACCCAAUCCGACACAGCGGCACUACACUCCAAGGUGGGCAGCAGCAGCGGCAGCAGCGUCAUGACCUUUCCACCGAGUUCGAUGGGCAAGGCGGGGGAAGGAACAAGGGGCUGAAGGAGAAGAUAACGGAGAACAUACCUGGAGUUGGAAUCAAUGACCGUCGAAAUGAUACAUCAUCUGCGACUACAGACGAAUACGGCAACGUUAUCCGCAAAGACGAAUACAGCAACGUUAUCCGCAAAGACGAAUACGGCAACGUGAUUCCUACGGACGAGCAUGGCAACCUAAAGCGCCACAGCGGCACUACUCUCCAAGGUGGGCAGCAGCAGCAGCGUCAUGACCUCUCCACUGAGUACGAUGGGCAAGGCCGCGGGAGAAGGAACAAGGUGGGAGAAGCAGCCCAUAGCAGAGAUGCAUACGGCAACGUUAACCGCACAGACAAAUACGGCAACGUGAUUCCUGCGUAUGACUAUGGGAACCCAAUCCGCCACAGCGACACUACUCUCCAAGGUGUGCAGCAGCAGCAGCGUCAUAACCUUUCCACUGAGUACGAUGGGCAAGGCCGCGGGAGAAGGAACAAGGUGGGAGAAGCAGCCCAUAGCAGAGAUGCAUACGGCAACGUGAUUCCUGCGUAUGACUAUGGGAACCCAAUCCGCCACAGCGACACCACUCUCCAAGGUGUGCAGCAGCAGCAGCGUCAUAACCUUUCCGCAAGCACAGACGAAUACGGUAACGUUGUCCGCGCAGACGAAUACGGCAACGUGAUUCGUACGGAUGAGUAUGGCAACCCAAUCCGCAUUUCUGGAGGUGGACACAUGGACCAUCGAAGUGAUACAUCAUAUGCGACUGCGACGACUUAUCCCACGACGGCCGGUUACGGUACUGGGGAACAGCCGCAGCAUCGUCAUCAUAGGGGUCUGAUAGAAACGAUCAAAGAUAAGCUUUCUGGUACUUCUUAUGAUCAGCAUAACGAGUACUACUAGUUGUCGCAUUUCUGGACGUACCUACGUGCGUAGGUGCGUGUGAAAUGCUCCUUUGUAACUGGGGAUCGGACUCUCAUAAUUAAGUUCCAGAUCCGGUUCGUAAGAGGUUUGCUUAAUUACAGGCUAAAGCACGUCUUUAAUAAGAGAUGCGUACGUGCAUGCAUAUGCUGGGGUGUGUGUUGUAUGAGCACACUCUUCUAGCAUAAUAAAUAUUAAUACUGGCUUAAUAUAUAUUUAUGCACGUAGUUUUUGGUUAA